GCCAUCUUGAAUUUAGUAUUGUGCCAGUCGGGGGGGCGGUGACAUAUUUUACCCGUCAUCGUCCUACAAUAUAAUUUGUGAUUUAGAUAAAACGCUAAAAUCAGUGUUUUAGAAGUGUAUAUUAGCGGUUUAUGUCUGGACUGAACGUGAUGAUGGCGGGACAGACGAUUAACGAUAGGCUGCUCGCGGCUCGGCACAGUAUCGCGGGCCAAGGAUUAGCCAAGUCCGUAUGCAAAGCGACAACCGAAGAAAUGAUUGCACCGAAAAAGAAACAUUUAGAUUAUCUAGUCCACUGCACAAACGAGCCCAACGUUUCCAUCCCACAGCUGGCCAACCUCCUGGUGGAGCGCACACAGAACACAAACUGGGUGGUGGUGUAUAAAGCCCUUAUCACAGUUCACCAUCUGUUAGCGUAUGGCAACGAGAGGUUCACACAAUACUUAGCGUCGAGUAAUUCCACAUUUCAAUUAAGUAAUUUUCUCGAUAAAAGCGGAGUACAAGGCGCGGCCGGCGCUCGGAUCGGAUAUGACAUGUCCCCGUUCAUCCGGCGAUACGCCAAAUACCUGAACGAGAAGGCCCUCUCCUACAGGACUGUUGCCUUCGACUUCUGCAAGGUGAAAAGGGGAAAAGAGGAAGGCUCUCUCCGCAUGAUGAACGCAGAGAAACUGCUCAAGACACUUCCAGUACUGCAGGCUCAGUUGGACGCGUUACUUGAGUUCGACUGCACCGCCAACGACCUCACCAACGGGGUCAUCAACAUGUGCUUUAUGCUGCUAUUCCGAGAUCUCAUCAGGUUAUUUGCAUGCUAUAAUGACGGAAUCAUCAACCUACUGGAGAAGUACUUCGAUAUGAACAAGAAGAAUGCGCGGGAGGCUCUCGAUCUCUAUAAGAAAUUCCUCAUCAGAAUGGAUAGGGUCGGAGAGUUUCUGAAGGUAGCAGAAAACGUAGGGAUAGACAAAGGCGACAUCCCAGAUCUGACCAAAGCGCCAAGCAGUCUCCUGGACGCCCUUGAGGGCCAUCUUGCCAGUCUGGAGGGCAAGAAGGGAUCCGCUGCCAAUACUCCCACACAGACUGCCAGUGCCCAGAAAAACGUAGCGAGCGUAAUGGGUGCUUUGUCAUCAACGUCUUCGUCGUUUGGAAACGCGGCCGCGUCCACGCGCCUCGACUCUGCAACGAACGGCAAUCUGUUCAUUGACGACUCCUUGAAGCAGCAGGUGCUGGCUGAGGAGGAGGCCGCUAUGAACCAAUACAAGGUGCAAUUAUUCCAAGGCGACGCCAUCACUGGCGAAGAAGACGUAAACGUCAUAGCGGAGAGAUUUAAUAAAGUACAAUCUCCAACGAACUCUGCCGCCAACAAUCCAUUCCUAUCAACCGGACCACCAGCAGGCCAGCAACAAAAUCAGAACCAAUCUAUCGUGGACCUCUUCGGCCCAACACCGUCGGAUGCGGCCAACACUAAUGCAAGCAAGGCGUCUGAUGAUCUGUUGUCUUUGGGCAACCCGUUUGCGGAUAUGUUUGGAGCGGCGCCUGCGACCACGGCAUCGCCCGCAUGGCAGAGCAACGGCUUUGCCGCUUUCCCCGCCGCGCCGGCCACGUCGCAACCCAACUCGUUCGUGUCCGAGGCUAACUUCACUAACGUUUUCAGUAACAAUGACACCGCAGCUGCCGCGAACCCUUUCAUGGGUAUGGGGGACCCGACCCAACCGAUAACCGCCUCCCCGGCCCGACCUCCGCCCCCAAACGUCCAACCCAAAUCCGCCUUCGACGACCUCGAGGAUGUCAUGCGAAUGUCGCUUGGAGGCUCACCAGCUAAACAGCCCCAGCCGAUUACCCAACAGCCGCAACCGAUGCCGUUCGGUGACGUCAUGAACAUGCCGAUGUCUCAACCGAUGAUGUUCGGCUCCCCGGCGAGGCAACCGAUGAUGCCGAUGGCUGCUAUGGGACAACAAACGCAACAGUCGACACAGCCGGGCAAGGUGCUCACAGGUGACCUCGACUCCUCACUCGCUCAGCUCGCCAACAAUCUCACCAUAAACAAAACUGCAAGUGCUCAAAAGCCGAUGCAGUGGAGUUCGCCCAAGAACGCGUCAAAGACUGGCGUCGCUUGGAGCCCGCAGCCCAUGCAGGCAACCACCGGUGCUGGAUACCGCCCUAUGGGUCCCGGCAUGAUGUUACCACCAAUGCCCCAUACAUUACCCCAUACGAUACCCCAUACGUACCAUCCCCCGCAUUUUGUUUUGGACCAGACCACGCAACAGCAACAGCCAGCAAUGGUAAUGGGUAUGAACGCGACACCCAUGAUGCCGAUGGGUGCCAUGCAACCCAUGAGACCGCCCAUACCCCCGCAACCUACAAACCAGUUCAGUUAAACUGUUUGUUUUCGUAGUAUAUUGGAAAUUGAGUUCUAUUGCGUUGGCAUUGGGUUGAUUUUUGAACAUCAUUUUUUCGUAUAUCAUGAACAUCAAAGAUAUAUUUUUUGUCUUGAAUAAUUAAGAUUUGAAUUUUCUCUUAGUACCUAUAAGUUAUAAGAGAUAAAGAUGUCCGAAAUUCAUAAAACAGACAGACGAAUUAGAAUCCUAUCAGUUAGAAAAACGCUAAUUCGAUUCAGAUGUUACCAGCUUUAGAAAGAACUACUAAUUGGUAGGAAAUUAGUUUUGAAUGUAGUGUUACCAGUGUCAAAAAUAUUCCCAAUAAAAUGGGAAACAUUAUUUUUUGAUUUCAACCCAGUGUCAAUAUGAACCAUCGCGGCUCAUUUGCUAACAGAUAAUAAAUAAGUAUAGUUAGCAUUGAACCAUGCGAUUUACUUAAUAGUCGCAGAUAAAUAUUUGUCACAGAUAACAAAACGAUGUUUGCAUUAAAAUCAUUAAAUCAAUACAAAACAACGAUACGGUUACAAUAAAAAAAAAAUUAUUAACUUCUGAAAUAUUUGUUAAAUUUUUGAAAUAAUAAUUAAAAGCUAAAUUGAAUGAAUCCAAGGAUGAAAGAGACAGACGGCUUUUCCUUCAUUCAUAUUCUGCGUUUACUUCAUUCAUUUUUUCAUAUUCUGCGUUUUGUUAAAUAUGGAAUCUUGCCGUUUUUAAACUUUCAAGGGUUUUUUUGAAUGAUUGUCGUAUUGUUAUAUUGUGACGAUGUAGGUCAGCAUUGUAUAUACAGCCUAAGAUUGCUUCAACGGUUCAAUAUACGUUAUCGAAAUGCCGCUGACUUGUGAACCAGGUAGGUAGAUAUAGUUUAUUAAAAUAUGAGUUCUUAAGAUAAAUCUUGAAGUAAUUUUAUUCUUUCAAUUAUUAGUUUUUUACUAGGCGGUAAAAUAUCAAAUAAAAUAAACCAAAAUAAAAAUUUCUUCGGUUUAUGAAAUAAUUUUUCGAUUGAAAUAAUAAAUUAUUUUGUCGCAUUACUUGAAUUAAAGGCAACUUUUUCUGUGCUUUUUCUCUAUCGUAAUUUUAAUAGGAAAUUUUAUAAUUAUAGUCCAAUCAUCUCAUUUUUUGUAAAGAUAUUAAAUAAUUUGUUUCUUAUGAAAUGGUGCGUAACGAUAAAAUUUUAGUUGCCAUCGAAUCGACUUCACAUUCCAUAUAUUUUGUAAAAUUGUUUAUUUUUAGUCUCAGUUCAAAUGAUUCUAAGAUGGAAAUUUACGGUAGCUAUUUUAUGCAAAACUUAUACUGACCAAAAAUACGGGAAUUUUUCAAUAUAUUAUGCUGGUCUAUUGUUUUAACAACCGAAAUUCUAAGAAGUCAAUAACGUAAAAUUAAGUUUCUUGCAAUUUAUGUAUUACAUUAACAUUUAAAUAGUAUUCCAAUAUAUAGUUUAUAAUCCUACCUUUUGACAUAGUCAGCAUUUAUGAUUCGGAAUAGGUUAUACUAAAAUCAAUUCUUUAUUGGAUUAUGUAGUCAGAUUUUAGUAAAAACAUGUACCCAUAUAUCUAAUAGAAUUAUAUUAUACGAUAUUAUGUGUAUAAAUUAAUAUAUAGAACAGACAUUUAGCCUAUAUUAUUACACUUAUGAACGUCGAUACUUAUUGGAUAUUUAAUAAUUAACUAUUAUAAUGUUGUUUCCCUAUUUCUCACGUAAUUCUUGUACAUUGUAUUGAUAUAUGAAGGAUGCCACAGUCCACACGUAUAAGUAAAAUAUAUUUAACUAGACAUUGAAAACGUACUCGUAUAUGGUGAAAUUAAAUUUAUUAAAAUAUAAAUAUAUUUUAUCUGUGGUGUCCUUUAAACAUAUAUUUUAUGUAUAGUCGUAUUAGAUUGUUAUGAAAUUAGAUUUUACGGGUGUACAUUUUACAACAUGGCUGUUUGAUUUUGAAUACAGACGAUCGCGAUGUAACAUGGACGCUUUUUUGUAUAGGUUUAAUAGUAAUAAAAGUGAGAUAGCUGUUGUUCCAAGUCUAGUUUUAAAUAGUCAACAAUUCCUUUGUCCCCCUUUUGUGGUUUAGGUGCUUAUUGUGUUGCCAGGAUAGUAUGUUUUUUUUUCAUUUAUAACAUCAAAAUGUGCUCAUUAUUGAGUUCUACAUUUUCAUGGUGAAACAUAUCGAGAAUGAUGAUGUUUUAACUGUUAAGUUUGAAAUUAAUUUAUAUUCAUGUUUCUUGGAACUAUUAAACGCUGAUUUUGUUAAAUCAAUUAGCGUGAUAUUGUUUUUUAAGACUGCAAAAAAUUAUUUGAAAGUAUUAGCGAUUUAUUUGUAUUACCUAUAUAUAUUGUCUAUUUUGCGACAUUUCACUUUUAAUUUCAGUGGUAACGAAUGUAUUCGAAUGUUGCCAUUUUUAAUAAACUGGUAUUUACUCAUCAUUAAUUGAAAUUUGGUAGAAAAUGGCGUAUGCUUAAUCUAUUUGGUGUUAAUGUUUAGGGAAAAUGUUUACUAAUUAUGUAUAACGCGUAGCUGUUUGUUAAAACUAUCUUAGAUUUAGCAUACAAUUUCAUUUUUACGUUCAAAAUUUCCUCAAUAUAACACUAGAUGUGUAAAUAAAGUGUAAUUUUCAUAGUUAAAAUAGUGCAAAUAUAUUUUGCUACUUUAAUUAGACAUCACUCAAAUAAAAAAUAUACUAAUGUACAUUUCAUACACAGAUCAAGAAAACUAUAUUUUGCAAGUAUAAUCCUUAAAUGUCUAAUGAAUGUAACAAAGUAUUAAAUAGUUUAUUAAUUGUAUUUUUAGUCUUUGCUUUAUAUUUAAAUUUAAUGAUAUUUGAUAUCAUUUGCAAACCAUCCAGAAUCUUUUGAUAGAAAUGUUAUAUCGUAGAUAUACAUAGUGCAAUAUUAAAUUGUGUAUUGAUUCUUUCUAAUUCAAGUCAAGUUAAGAAAUAUAAUGAGACUUGCCACAUUGUUUGUCAUUUUGUCCCCGCUCGCCAUAUGUUUAUAAUUUUUAUACUGUGAUUUAUAGUGGAUUCGACUGAUAUUGUUUAAAUGUUGGGAUUCGCUAAAUGUCUAGACUUAUGAUUUUUCGAUUUUGUAUUAUUUUAAGAGCGAUUUUCUUUAUUUUAUUUGAAAAUUGCUAAGUUGUACAUUUUAUUCAACAAUUACUGUGGUUUAUUUCUUUUAUGUAAAUAUCCCAUACUAUUAUUUGCUAGAUGUCGUGCCUUUAGAUAUCCGAUUUAGUUUAUUUAUGAAAUAAAUAAAAUGAUUUAAGUCCU